AUGUCGGAUUCUAGUUCAGGAGGUGGCAGUUCUUCUGCCUCCCAGUUGUUAUCUACAUUGAUUCCUACGUUCGUGAUAAGUGUGGUCUUCACAUCAAUCUUUUUGUUACUCCGUAAGUCAGAGAAAAGAGUCUAUGAGCCAAGGACCAGUGUUGAAACUGUUUCCAAGGACUUGCGUCCAGAAGAUAGUCCUAAAGGUAUGUUCGCAUGGGCGACACACUUGGUUAGGAAGCCUACUCCUUAUCUUAUCCAACAAUUAGGUGCUGAUGGGUAUUUCUUUCUCCGCUUUUUGUUUGAGUUUUCGUUUAUUUGCUUCCUUGGUUGCCUCUUGCUUUGGCCCAUCCUUUUCCCUGUCAACAUAACAAAUGGCAAUGGCAAGGAACAAUUGGACAUGUUGACUUUCGGUAAUGUCAGCGACAAGAAUAGAUACUUUGCACACGUAUUUUUGUCGUGGAUUUUUUUUGGUGCUGUGAUAUUCGUUAUCUACAGAGAAUUGGUCUAUUACACAACGUUUAGACAUGCAUUGCAAACUACGCCAAUGUAUGACUCGCUAUUGUCGUCUCGUACAAUGCUUCUCACAGAAAUUCCCGAGGUGGCCUUACUGGAAACGGAACUAAGAGGCUUCUUUCCAACUGCGACAAAUAUUUGGUACGCCAGAGACUACAAAGAGCUUACGGAGCAAGUCAAGGAAAGAACCAAACUUUCUGCAAAGUAUGAAGGAGCAUUGAACGGUGUACUUUGCAAGGCUGUGAAAUUGAAGAAUAAGCUUGAGAAGAAAGGUGAACCACUCCCUGAACCUUCUGAUGACCUCAAUAAGUACUUGAAGGAAGGUAAGAAAAGGCCGACACACCGCUUGAAGUUCCUCAUUGGCGACAAAGUAGAUACGUUGGACUACAGCGUCGACAAACUCGGCGAGUUAAACAAAAAAAUUAAGAAGGGCCAAGCUGAGCAUAACUCAAAUUCUCAGAUUCCCUCAGUAUUCAUUGAGUUUCCUUCGCAAUUGGAGUUGCAACGGGCAUACCAAGCGAUUCCUUAUAAUGACAGCUUUAAAGGAACCAGCAGAUUUACUGGUAUAGCUCCAGAUGACGUGAUAUGGCCAAACUUAGCAUUGACCAAAACAAAGCGUCGCUUGAAGAAAAUCGGUGCUUCUACUCUCUUGACGCUCACAAUUAUCUUUUGGUGUAUUCCAGUGGCAGUGGUAGGUGCGAUAUCUAAUAUUAACUUCUUGACGGAGAAACUUCCUUGGCUUGAUUUUAUCAACAACUUACCGGAUCAGUUGAUGGGAAUCAUUACAUCCCUUCUUCCCGUGGUCGCUUUGGCUAUCUUGAUGUCGCUCAUACCACCAUUCAUCAAGAAAAUGGGCAAGGUAGCUGGCUGCAUUACCGUACAGCAGGUGAAUUCGUACUGCCAGAAUUGGUUUUUUGCGUUUCAGGCUGUGAAUACUUUUUUGGCAGCUGCUAUUGGUUCCUCUGCAGCUUCUUCUGUUCAGGAGAUCAUUGAAGAGCCUUCCUCUGCGAUGGAACUUUUAGCGAGCGAACUUCCCAAGUCCUCCAAUUUCUAUCUUUCAUAUUUGUGUCUUUACGGUCUUGUCUUUUCUUCGAAGGCAUUAGCGAACGUUGUUGGGCUCGCAUUAUCUAAAGUGCUUGGUCGUAUUCUAGACAAAUCUCCAAGAGCGAAAUGGACUCGUUAUACUACAUUAGGUCAACCUGACUUUUCGGUGCUCUACCCAUCCUUCCAGCUCAUUUGUUUGAUCGCUUUGACAUACUCCGUCAUUGCCCCAUUGGUUCUUGGGUUCGCAGCAAUCUCGUUCUUCCUUAUAUUUUUCGCCUUCCUUUACACCCUCACUUACGUCCUUCAGCCAAUGCAGACAGAUGCGCGAGGCAGAAAUUAUGCAACCGCAUUAUUCCAGUUAUUCGUUGCUCUUUAUCUUGCUGAGGUUCUCAUUUUGGCCCUCUUCGUCUUCAGCAAGAAUUGGGCAUGUGUGGCACUUGAGGGCGUCUGGAUUCUUGUUACUGCCGUCUGCCAUCAGUGGUUCAAAUGGAAGUUUCUUCCACUUCUUGAAGUUGUUCCAAUUUCUGCCAUUAAAUACGCUUCGGGCGAUCGCACCUUCCAAUACCCUAUGUAUGAUCAGGGUCUCAAGGAGAUUAGAACUGAGGGGGAGAACUAUUGGGAAGGUGGCAACCAAUUGGGUCUCUCAAACUCUCCUUUGGACCAGGUGUUAGCUGACCCUAGAACGGAUGAGUCUGACGCCUACACACGGACAGGAACGAACGAGAAGGAGUCUGCCACAGAAACUAAGAAGUUUGAGCCCGUUCCCGUGCGGCCAUCUAGUGAAGCUCAAGGUGGUGCAUUGACAAGAUUCUUCAAACCUAAGACCAACUCAUUUGACAUGGUAAGGGAGGAAAUGCCUAAUGCUUACCUCAACUACAUUGAGUAUAACCCAGAGUUCGUGCGUACCGCCUAUGAUGAUCCUGUCGUUAACGAUGAGGAACCCCAUAUUUGGAUCCCCAAAGAUAGCAUGGGAUUAUCAGAGAUCGAGAAGAAUAAAGCUCUUGAAAAUGGUGUUGAUGUGAGCGAUUCUGAUGCUGGAUUUGACGAGAAGGGAAGAACGGAGUACUACGGGCCUCCUCCGUCGUAUGAAGAGGCGUUGAAAGUCGUCAAAGCCAACAAUGUGCCACCGCUACUGGAAACGGCGUUAGUCCAAGAGACAGAGGAAGGCUUUACCGUCGGUGAGAUCCAAGAGGUUCAUCGGGAUAUCCCCGAAGAUGAUGACGAAUAG